ACCAGGCUGGUCUUUCUGAAGAACUCGGACAGCUGGGCCUGCCAGUGAUCCUGCUUUCUGUAGCUCACAGCUGUCUGAGCAAGCGUACUUCUUUCUCAGCUCAGCUUUGCAUGAGACACAGCACUGUUGGAUUGAGAGGACUAAGGAGUGCAUUACCACCUCAAUUAAAAAACACCACCACCACCAUGGCUCUGCCCACAGACCCGGCAGAAGAGCUGCGCAUAUACCAGCAAACCCUUCUUCAAGACGGGCUCAACGACUUGCUGGAAAAUGACAAGUUUGUCGACUGUACCUUAAAAGUCAAGGACAAGAAAUUUCCCUGCCACCGGCUCGUGCUGGCAGCUUGCAGUCCCUACUUCCGGGCCAUGUUCCUGUCUGAAAUGGAGGAGAUCAAGCAAAAGGAGAUAGUCCUGGAAGAUGUGGAACCUGAAGUGCUGGGGAGGAUCCUGAAAUACAUCUACACGUCAGAGAUUGAGAUAACUGAGCAGAAUGUCCAGGACAUCUUCUCUGCGGCCAACAUGUUUCAGGUGCCCUCUGUCUUCACUGUGUGUGUUUCCUUCUUGCAGAAGAGGCUCAGCUUGAGUAACUGCCUGGCUAUCUUCAGGCUUGGUUUGAUGCUGGAUUGCGCCCGGCUAGCCAUAGCUGCCAGGGAUUUUAUCAGUGAUCGCUUCCAGCUGAUAUCAAGAGACCAGGACUUUGAGCAGUUAUCAGCCAGCGAGCUGGCUGCCAUCAUCUCGAGUGACUCCCUGAACGUUGAGAAAGAAGAAAUCGUCUUUGAGGCCGUUAUGAAGUGGGUCUCUAAUGAUAAGCAGAACAGGCUUGCAAGUCUGACUGAUCUCUUUGACUGUGUCCGUUUCCGUUUGAUACCCAAAAAUUACUUUGCGAGCAACGUGGAGACGCACGAGCUCAUCAAGUCCACCCCGGAGCUUGUCAAGAAGCUGCAGAUGGUGAAAGACGCCCAUGAGGGCAAGCUUCCAGAUGCGAAGCAGACAGGAGAUGAGAAGACCGUGGCUGAGGAAGAGGAGGAACAUCUUCUCCCAGGCAUCCUGAAUGAUAACAUGCGCUUCGGCAUGUUCCUUAAAGACUUGCUGUUCAUGGUCAGUGACACAGGAGCUGUGGCCUAUGACCCCUUAGGAAACGAAUGUUACGUUGCCUCAUUAUCAAAACAGAUUCCUAAGAAUCACUGCAGCUUGGUGACAAAGGAGAACCAGAUAUUUGUGGCUGGUGGAAUCUACUACAAUGAAGAGGACAAGGAAGACCCGCUCAGUUCCUACUUCUUACAGUACGACUACCUAGACUCGGACUGGCUGGGGAUGCCCCCUCUGCCUUCACCCCGCUGCCUUUUCGGUCUGGGGGAGGCAGAGAACUCCAUCUUCGUCAUCGGAGGAAAGGAACUGAAGGAGGGGGAGCGGACACUGGAGACCGUCAUGUGCUAUGACAGACAGUCCUUCAAGUGGGGAGAAUCAGACCCUCUUCCAUACGCCGUGUAUGGGCAUGCAGCCGUGUCACACAGCGGACUGGUCUACGUGAUCGGAGGCAAAGGGGACAGCAAAAAAUGCCUGAAGAGGGUGUGCGUCUAUGACCCCAGGAAGUUUGAGUGGAAGGAGCUGGCCCCUCUGAAGACGGCUCGCUCUCUGUUUGGCGCCACUGUUCAUAGUGGCAAGAUCUAUGUGGCGGCAGGUGUGACGGACACCGGGCUCACCAAUACUGUGGAGGUGUACGACGCUGCCACAAACAAAUGGGGAGCCUUCACAGAAUUCCCCCAGGAGCGCAGCUCCAUGAAUCUUGUCAGCCUGGCUGGCAAUCUCUAUGCAAUCGGAGGAUUUGCCAUGAUGCCAAAUGAGGCUGAAGAGCUGGCUCCGACUGAAAUGAAUGACAUCUGGAAGUAUGAAGAGGACACCAAGCAAUGGACGGGAAUUCUACGUGAGAUUCGCUAUGCUUCCGGAGCCACCGUGGUGCCUGUGCACAUGAACACUCUGAGACUCACCAAGAUGUAGAGACAGCGUCAACACGAACCAUCACUUAUUAAUGAACACUGAGACUCACCAAGAUGUAGAGACAGCUCCAACAUGAACCAUCACUUAUUAAUGAACACUGAGACUCACCAAGAUGUAGAGACAGCGUCAACACGAACCAUCACUUAUUAAUGAACACUCUGAGACUCACCAAGAUGUAGAGACAGCGUCAACACGAACCAUCACUUAUUAAUGAACACUGAGACUCACCAAGAUGUAGAGACAGCUCCAACAUGAACCAUCACUUAUUAAUGAACACUGAGACUCACCAAGAUGUAGAGACAGCGUCAACACGAACCAUCACUUAUUAAUGAACACUGAGACUCACCAAGAUGUAGAGACAGCUCCAACAUGAACCAUCACUUAUUAAUGAACACUGAGACUCACCAAGAUGUAGAGACAGCUCCAACAUGAACCAUCACUUAUUAAUGAACACUGAGACUCACCAAGAUGUAGAGACAGCUCCAACAUGAACCAUCACUUAUUAAUGAACACUGAGACUCACCAAGAUGUAGAGACAGCUCCAACAUGAACCAUCACUUAUUAAUGAACACUGAGACUCACCAAGAUGUAGAGACAGCUCCAACAUGAACCAUCACUUAUUAAUGAACACUGAGACUCACCAAGAUGUAGAGACAGCUCCAACAUGAACCAUCACUUAUUAAUGAACACUGAGACUCACCAAGAUGUAGAGACAGCUCCAACAUGAACCAUCACUUAUUAAUGAACACUGAGACUCACCAAGAUGUAGAGACAGCUCCAACAUGAACCAUCACUUAUUAAUGAACACUGAGACUCACCAAGAUGUAGAGACAGCUCCAACAUGAACCAUCACUUAUUAAUGAACACUGAGACUCACCAAGAUGUAGAGACAGCUCCAACAUGAACCAUCACUUAUUAAUGAACACUGAGACUCACCAAGAUGUAGAGACAGCUCCAACAUGAACCAUCACUUAUUAAUGAACACUGAGACUCACCAAGAUGUAGAGACAGCUCCAACAUGAACCAUCACUUAUUAAUGAACACUGAGACUCACCAAGAUGUAGAGACAGCUCCAACAUGAACCAUCACUUAUUAAUGAACACACUGCAAUAGGGUGACCGGAUUUUCAAAGCUGAAAACCAUUUAAAUAAUUGAUAAGACUAAUUAACCCAUUUAAAAAUAGGCUAUUUUAAUGUUUAUUUAAAUUGCCACCCUGUGACUUAGUAUUAUCUUUUUUUUUAAAGCUGCUAGCUAAUUUCAGUACACUCCCAGGUGUAUAAUUUGUGGCUAAUUGAGCCCCUUUCACACUGGCACUCCUACCUGGGUCUGGACCCGGGUCACAAUCCUGCGUAGUGUGAAACCACGUACCUGGUUGCUUGAGACACAGCAUGAGCCAGAUUGCAGCAGGGAUGAAGAAACAUUUGCUCUAAUCAACAUUUGGGCCGAUGGUUCAAUCCAGAGAAGCUUGGAUGGAAGCGUCUGUAACAAGCUGCUUCCGGGGCAUUGAUACGCGCAUUGUGUACUUGCAUCUGUCACCCAGGUCAACCCAGCUUUAUCAAAAGCAGUGUGAAAUCAAGUAGCCGACUCGCAUGACACCGGGUCCUGACCCGGGUAGGUUCUGACUAGGGUAGAUCAUGCCAGUGUCAAAGGGGCUUUAGUUUAAGUAGCCAUAUUGUGUUACAGAUAUUGUGUACUUUUAUAUUGAGUUUAUUAUAAUAAUAAUAAUAAUAAUAAUAAUAAUAAUAAUAAUAAUAAUAAUAAUAAUAUAUUAAAUACAUUUACGUUUUGUCAUUUUUCUCAAUUUUUUUACUCCCUGGAUCAGGCUCUAUUUAUUGACGUUGUUGAUGUGGUUUAACCUGGUGGAUUUGGAUGCUUGCAACUUCUCCUUCUUUGUCUGGGAUAAUCCCGCCAAAACUAAGCAGCUAUAAAAUGACCAUAUUUACACACAAUUGUAGAUUGUCGAACAUAAACUAAAUUAAAACGCAUGGCGCACUGAGGAAUAAGCGCGUACGCCUGUGUUCAUCACUUUAUAAAAAUAAUGUUGUUGAUUACUUUAGUACCUUUUUUUGUAUUUUAUUUUGUUUUCACUGCCGGUGCCAUAAACUAAAAGCAGCUGUUUACUUUGUAAAGAUUUUGAGCAAAAUGUCAGUACACCGGGACCUUGGAUGGAAAACCAGGACUGUCCCAGCUAAACUGGGACAUCUGGUCACCCUACUCUGCAACACACCAAGAUGUAGAGACAGCUUCAACAUGGCCCUUAUUAUUCGAGAGACUCUGACAGCUCACUAUUCCCUAAAUGACAAAAUAAUGCCAGUAAAUCUCACCUGACAUGUACUUACAUGACUCUGUAAAGGAGGAAAGAGACAAUGAAAAUACGUGUGUCCUUGGAGGAGUGAAAAUCCACCUUAAAUCUUCUGAUUGACAACCAGUAUACUGAACUCUAAAUUUAGAAAUGCAGUAUCCUGCAUAAAACCACCAGAGGUCCCCAAGACUCAGAAAAGGGUCAUGCCCUUGACAUAAAAAACAAGUAGCAUGUAAUGCAUUUAUUUCCCCAUUAGAGGUCAGUGUAUUUCAAUACAGCUAAAAUAACCAAAUCAAUAUUGCAAUUCCAUUAUGUAAGUGUGUGGAUAGAUGAAAUGACACACAAGAGCCCGCUGGUUCUCUGUUUCUUCAAGGAUUCAGUUCAGCACCAGUACAGAGAGCUGCAGUUCUGUUUCUGCAGGGAUUCAGUUCAGCACCAGUAUAGAGAGCUGCAGUUCUGUUUCUGCAGGGAUUCAGUUCAGCACCAGUACAGAGAGCUGCAGUUCUGUUUCUGCAUGGAUUCAGUUCACCACCAGUACAGAGAGCUGCAGGUCUGUUUCUGCAAGGAUUCAGUUCAGCACCAGUACAGACAGCUGCAGUUCUGUUUCUGCAGGGAUUCAGUUCAGCACCAGUACAGAGAGCUGCAGUUCUCUCAUUUGGAUCCUGAAGCACAGAGUUGCCAGCAGCAGGUUUUCUUUCCUGUUCUUUCACAAUACAGUAUGAUCCAAUACUUGGAUCUUUUAAAGCAUGAUAUGUUUUUGUACUGUUUGUGAUGCAAAGUAAAAUAAAUGAAUACAAUAGCGCUCUGGUGUUUCUUUAUUUAAUCAUGACAGUAAAUGUAAUGGGUCCCCACCAU